GCUGAGAUCAGCUCUCUGCUGAAUAUUAAAUAACCCCCAAGUCUCACGAUAUAGAAAGAAGCAUUACUGUGGUGCCGGAUUAGCCCUACAGCUGAAACUUAGUCUACUUCCAGAAUAGCGCCGGGUGUCUCGCUCGUAGAGAUCAAUAUUGCAGACGAAGACAGCCGUCAGUCAGUUCAAUAUAUCUUAGAUAUCAUAUGCUAUUGGCGUAACCGAGCAGAGUUUUACCUCCUGUGGUUAGUUAAUGCUCGAGUAGCCCGGACAAAGAUGGCGGACCUAGAAGGGCGCUUUGCAGAGGAGCAGAAUCAUAACGCAGCCCCCGUCAGCGCGAAUGAGAAAAAGAGAACCAGAGUCCAGUUCUCCUGUACAGCAUGCAGGCAGCGCAAACUAAAAUGCGACCGCAUCUACCCGUGCAGUAACUGCACCAGAAGAGGGGAUGUCGGCGCAUGCAUCUACGUCGGGCGAGGCCCGAAGGGAAGGGGCGCUCAUCCCCGGGCUGACCUUACUCAUACCCAGAAUCGGUUGCAUCACCUAGAAAAUCUCGUCCUCUCGUUAGCACAGAAGAGAAGACUAGAAGGGCAGGAUGUUGAUGUGAUGACUCCGUGUCAGCAGUUAAUGCCAGAGAUCAGUUCCCAGCCUAACGGAGGUCGGAAUACUCUUACGGAUCCGGCUUUAUUGAAAGCAUCAUCGGAAGAGAAGAAGAAGGAUCUCGUCGAUUCUCCAGGAAGGCUCUUCGUGGAAGAUGUCGGAACGAGUUAUCUUGACGCUGCGCAUUGGAGGGCAAUACUCGAAGAGAUCAACGAUAUCAAGGUAUAUAUUCAAGAGGAAGAUACAGUGUCUGAAGAUAGUGUGGCUGGGCUAGACAUCGGAGAGCCAGAAGGCCCUAUGCUUCUGUUGGGCUUGGACAGUUCCAUGAGCUUGGAGGACCUCAUCGAAGAGAUGCCCCCAAAACCUCUCGUAGACCGUCUAGUAUCGAGAAGUUUGACCUCGAAGUAUCCUUCUAUAUUCAUGAUCCACCAACCCACCUUUAAAAGAGAGUAUGAACGUUUCUGGCGGAAUCCACAUGCAGUAUCUGUCAACUGGUUGGCUCUUCUCUACGCUACAAUGGCACUCGCUGUGGCUAUAUAUCACAGGAGCAACGAACAGCUACCGGAAACGUUGAGAACUAACCGGGACGCUUUGAGUGUAUACAAGAGGCAUGCAGCUCGAUGUCUUGUAUUGUCCAAUUACACGAAACCAGGACGAUAUAAGGUGGAAGCUCUGAUGGUAUAUUCAGCCGCGGAGAUGCUCACAGACGGCGACCCUCAUUACAGCGUCUGUUUUAUCCUCGGGAUAACGAUAAAGCUGGCCAUGCGUAUGGGCUACCAUCGUGAUUCCAAGCAUUUUCAAAACAUCUCCGCGUAUGAAGGAGAAAUGAGACGGCGAGUCUGGGCGGCUAUAUGUCAACUUGAUAGCCUUACUUCGAACCAAGUUGGCCUUCCUAAGACAGUGCAACGUUGGCAAUUCGACACUGAACUUCCACACAAUCUGUUGGAUGAGGACUUUGACGAAGACAGCCCGACACUACCGCCACCCCGGUCUGAGAAUGAAUACACGCCUGCGUUAUAUAGCAUAUGCAAAGCGAGAUUAAUGUUCGUGUUUAGCGACAUUUCUGAUCUCGCCUAUUCCCGUGAACCUGCUUCCUACGACAAAAUUCUCGAACUUGACAAACGCCUAGAGGAAGCUUUCGCAGCGAUACCGCCACCCCUUCGAAUACGAACGUUUGGAGAAUCUAUAACAGAUUCAGCGGAAGUUAUCGUGCGCAGACAUACUCUUGUAUUCCUUUACAAUAAAUCACGGGUUGUCUUACAUCGGAAAUACCUUACUGAGAAUCGCUGCAACCCGCGAUUCAGCUACUCCCGCUCCGCUUGUCUCGAUGCCUCAAAGGAGAUUCUCCUCCGCCAGGCAGAUAUCUACCAUGAAGUGCAGCCAGGUGGACAGCUCUACGAGACGAGAUGGUUUGUCCGUUCUCUACAAGUUCACGAUUUCAUACUUGCGGCUAUGAUAAUCUGUUUGGAAUUGAUUCGGGACGAUGCGCCUCGAACAGAGACUGCCAACUCCGACCAGGAAAUUAAUUUGACCUUGAAGGAAAAAGAGGAUCUACUACACGUGCUUGAAAUGUCACAGGAUAGCUUUAAGCUGUGCAUCCCAUGGUCCAAGGAUGCGCGUAAAGCAUAUGAGGCUGUGAGCGUUAUGCUUAAACGCGCCAGAAGAGGCCAGCCCAGUGAUCAGAAGGCAGAUGAAGCAGUCUCUAUAAACCCAUCAUCCAGCGGGUUGAACGCAGCAGGAAUAUCAAGUACUCCGUUGAUAUCCAGUGGCGUCCCACUGCCACAAGACGGAUCAUAUCGCCUUGAGUCUAGCGAUGUUACGGUCGAAUCCGGCCUAACGGGUGUCAUUCCUAUCGACACGGAGAUAGACUGGGCGCAGCAGUUGUCGGCCGAUUCGAUAGGCGUUCUUGAAAACAUGCUCGAUACUCCAAAUAAUAUUGACUGGGGCCUCUGGGACGACCAAAUGCAGGGAAUAGAACGGGAACACAUGAACUAUAUACAUACAUGGGGAGAUGAUCCCACAAAUGGAUUUCAUUAGAGUAGCCAUGACUAUGGCAAGAUGAGGUCAUGAGAUUGAUGAAAUCAAGCAUCUAGAGGGAAUAUUGAAAUAUCUUGUAUAAAUAACAACAAUUCUCGCUUUAGGUGGGCAAUAGAACCUUCGAC